CCCAGACGACGUUCCUUGGCCAUUUCUACAACCCAUACCUUUUUAUUUUUGUACCCAUCGUUUCUCGCAACAACUGAAGAGCCGCGCCUUAGAGAGUACUGCUAUAGAAGCUUAUGAGGAAGGCCUGAGCGUGCUAUAAGGGACCCAUGGAGCUGCGGCUUGCAUAAGGGCGCUGGUCCGCAGUACCCCUUUGCUCAGCGCCCAGCCCAGCCCAGCGUCAUUUCCUUGUUAUAUAAAACGUAGCACCAAGCAGUUACACAAUGGAGGAGCCAGGGGCAGAGGAGGUCCGCAUUCUCUUUAGCGCUGCCAAAGGGGAAAGCCACACGCAGAAGCAAGGAUACAAGCAGUUGUUUAGAAGAUUGCGAUCAGCAUACAAGCCUGACAAACUCGACAAGGAUGACUUUUCGCUGGACACCCUGCGGUCAGCGCACAUUUUGGUGUUUGGCUGUCCAAAAGAAAAGUUCACCGCCAGCGAGGUGGACAUCCUCAAGCGGUAUGUGAAAGGAGGCGGCUCAAUCCUGGUGCUCAUGUCUGAAGGAGGCGAGGAGAAGGCGGGGACCAACAUCAACUAUUUCCUCGAGCAGUUCGGGAUGUCCGUAAACAGCGACGCCGUGGUGCGAACCACGCACUAUAAGUACCUCCACCCCAAGGAGGUACUGAUCUCGGACGGUAUCCUGAACCGCGCCGUGAUCACCGGCGCGGGCAAGAGCUUAAGCAGCAACGACGACGAGGAGUUCCGCGUGUCAAAGGGGCCGCAGGCGUUCGACGGGACAGGGCUGGAGUUUGUGUUCCCCUUUGGGUCCACGCUAUCAGUACAGAAGCCAGCGGUGCCCAUCCUCUCCAGCGGAAAGAUCGCUUACCCCAUGAACCGACCCGUGGGCGCCGUAUGGGCUCAGCCGGGUUACGGGCGCAUCGCAGUGCUGGGCUCCUGUGCCAUCUUUGAUGACAAGUGGCUUGAUAAAGAGGAGAACUCCAAGCUCAUGGACUUCUUGUUCAAGUUCCUCAAACCGAACUCGAAGAUUCAGCUCAACGACAUUGACGCGGAGGAGCCGGACGUGAGCGACCUAAAGCUGCUGCCGGACACUUCUAGCCUGGCGGACAAGCUGAAAGGCUGCCUGCAGGAAAUUGACGAAGUGCCGCGAGACUGGACAUCCCUUUUCGAGGACCAGCUCUUCAAGUUUGACACGUCGCUCAUCCCGGAGAGUGUCGCGUUGUACGAGAAGCUGGGCGUGAAGAAGGGGCCCCUCAACCUCAUCCCGCCCUCAUUUGAGACGCCGCUACCACCGCUGCAGCCCGCGGUUUUCCCGCCGACUAUCCGCGAGCCACCGCCGCCCGCGCUUGAACUGUUUGACCUGGAUGAAAGCUUCGCCAGCGAGACGAAUCGGCUUGCAUCGCUCACCAACAAGUGCCACGGCGACGAGGAUCUCGAAUACUACAUCAUGGAGGCGGGGCACAUCCUGGGACUCAAACUGCCGGAGAACGCCAACGCCAAGCACGUGCUGUCGGAGGUGUUCCGGCGCAUCGCGCAGUACAAGAUGGGCUCCUUGGGCCUGGGGCAAACGCUGGACUCCAUGGGCCACACGCUACCCGCCGCCAACCAGUUCGGCGACCAAUUCGAGCUGUGAGCGGUCCCAACGAUGCAGGUCGCGACAAGGCGCCAUGCAGGAACCGGAUGGCAAGCACAGGGAGACUCAGCGGCGCUAGCUGCAUGCGGCUGCGGCGGUGCUGCUCUGAUCGUUAACCUAGGGACUUUAACUUGUUAACGGAGGUUACGGCGUCCGGGAGAAAGUGCUCCUUGGACUCGCUGCCGCCUAGCAACUGCAAUGGGAUGGGUAUGUACCAUGUGGCGUGGCGCAGCGCUUGCUCUGUUACUGCCCUGCUGUCCUCUCCGCGUCAUGUUGCGGCAGGAAAUGCGUGCGCUGUUCCCAUGGGGUAGCGUUACUUUAGGUACUAUACGUCUUGUGCGAGCGUGCCGCAGGAGUGCGGUGUUAAGAGUGUGAUGGCGCAGAGAGGCUAAGUUGAAUGCGGCGUGCAACGGGUACAUACGCUUGGUUGGAGCACGUAGGCUACACAGAAGAGGUGCAAGGGUAACUGCCGGUAGGUCUUGUUCACAUGUAGCGGCAGCAAUUGGCGCUUCACGUGCUAUAACUGGAUUAGUAUGGUGUAAGGGUAUGGUGUAAGGGGAGCCAAUUGUGAACUCAAGGGACCUCGACGAAUGCCGCUUUAGGACAGUAGUGCACGUUCCUAAUUAUGUAAGCAGGCAGAAGAGCGCCAAUCAGCUA